GAAUGGCAUCUGCGAUGAAAUUCUACUACUACUCAAAAAAUCCGCUGCAGAAAACGUUGUCAACAAACAUAGCAACCUCGGACACUCGCCUUGAACAGUUCAAGAGGAAAUUUCGACGCAGUGGGUCACUUGGAAUUCCGUUUGUUCCCGAAGAGGAUAUUCGCCAGAUAUUCGCAGGAAAGGGUGAUGUAAUGAUCAUCGAAGAUGAAGCUGGCUUGCCGAUAUUGACGGUGAUCGUGAAAUGUCAACGGGCAGCCGACGGUGUAUCACAGAUGAUGGCAAGCCUACCAUCCAACACCCGCAUCAAACACAUGGAAACACGAGAUUCGCAAGAUGAUUCCGCAAUUUAUAUGGACGUUCUUGUCGAAUUGGAACUGGAGCUUGAUGCAAUAACAGGAUGUCAGUGGUUUCCUAAGACAAUCUACGAUCUGGACAUUUGCGCGAAAAGAGUGAUCAUGUAUGGGGCUGGUCUAGAUGCAGAUCAUCCGGGUUUCAAAGACAUCGAGUAUCGUAAACGACGACUUUUGUUCGCCGAUAUAGCGAUGAACUACAAACAUGGAGAGGCAAUUCCUCGUAUUGAGUACAUCGAAAGUGAAAGGAAAACGUGGGGAGUUAUAUACCGGAAACUAAAAGAAUUACACAAAAAAUACGCCUGCCAGGAGUUUCUCGACAAUUUCGCGCUUCUUGAAAAGCACUGUGGAUACUCGGAACACAACAUUCCUCAACUUGAAGACAUUUGUCGUUUCCUUAAAGCAAAGACCGGGUUCCGAGUUCGACCGGUGGCCGGCUAUCUAUCGGCGCGCGACUUUCUGGCAGGCCUCGCGUACCGUGUCUUCUUUUGCACACAGUAUAUGAGACAUCAUGCCGAUCCUCUCUACACUCCAGAACCAGACACAGUGCAUGAGCUUAUGGGUCACAUGGCACUGUUCGCCGAUCCAGACUUUGCGCAGUUCUCGCAGGAAAUUGGCCUGGCCUCUCUCGGUGCCAGUGACGAUGAUCUCCAGAAACUCGCCACGCUUUACUUUUUUUCUAUCGAAUUCGGUCUCUCCUACGACGGACCAAGUGACUUAUCAAACAAAGAGAACCACUCCACUUCCUCCGUCAAGUACAAAGUCUACGGAGCAGGUCUCUUGAGUAGUGCUGGAGAGCUGCAGCAUGCCGUCGAGGAUUCACCAACAAUCCUUCGCUUUGAUCCAGAUCGUGUAGUUCAGCAAGAGUGUCUUAUAACAACUUUCCAGGAUGCCUACUUCUAUACGAGAAAUUUUGAGGAAGCGCAGCUGAAACUCAGAAUGUUCACGAGCAGCAUGAAGCGCCCGUUUGUUGUUCGCUACAAUCCCUACACCGAAAGUGUGGAGGUGUUAAACAACAAGCGUUCGAUGAUGCUGACCGUAAAUUCACUUCGCUCGGAUAUCAACCUGCUGUCCAGCGCGCUGCACUACAUCCUUUGA